AUGGCCCUCUCCGAUGCAAAGUACAAGUUCCUGUUCGUCAACGUCGGUGCAGAAGGAGGUGCUUGGGAUGGAAGAACCUGGCAGAAGUGCAACCUGGCCAGGGUCAUCACAAGCAACCGAGCAGGACUCCUACAAGACAGAAAUCUGCCCAACGACGAUGAACCCAUCCCCUUCCACAUAGUCGCCGACGAUCCCUUCGCUCUCAAUCCGUGGUUGAUGAAGCCCUACUCCCACCAAUCACAAGAUCCCACCAAACGAAUAUUCAGCUACAGAUUAUCUCGCGCUCGUCGUGUGGUGGAAAACUCAUUCGGCCUGCUGCAGAUGAGAAGGCGAGUCUUCGGGACAACGAUGCAACAUGAUGUACAGGUGUGCAAGAAGAUAACUAUGUGGGCAUGUGUCAUGCACAACCUGGCACUGCAACGCUACCCACUUGGUGGCACCGACGUCGACUAA